UGUGGAUCUGAUGGCAUGGAGCAGAAUAUGGCCCCUAGUCAGAACCAGGCACCUUCUCGUCACCGUUACUCGUUUCUGCGACUGCACAUACCAGAUGGUGCCCUUACCCACAACUGGAGUGUACCAACACUCACCAUCACGACACCAAGUGCUGAGAGCACUCGCAAAUUCAGCUUUGGUUUACAUCGAUACUCACAGACGACCCUCCACCGCACUGAUUCAAUGGUAUCGCUCUGUUACCGCUCAUUAUCAGCAUAUAUUUCAGAUGACAAUAUCAGUGGGCUCCAGAGCUUUCUGGAAAAUAAGAGGGUGCAGGUGGAUGACAGAGAUGAGAAUGGAACAACAGCUCUCAUUUUUGCAGCAACAAAAGGGAAGCUUAAUUUUGUUCGGGAGCUAAUCAAUCAUGGAGCAGAGGUUAAUGCUGAAGAUGGGGACAACUGGACAGCACUACUGUGUGCAGCAAAGGAAGGCUAUGCCGAUAUUUGUGAGGAACUGCUGGAGCAUGGAGCCGACACAGAGCACCGUGACAUGGGUGGCUGGACAGCACUCAUGUGGGCAGCUUACAAAGGACGAGAUAACGUAGUUGAUGUCCUCGUGGCUCAUAAUGCCGAAGUAAAUGCUCAUGGAAACUUCCACCUUUCUGCUCUACUGUGGGCUGCAGGCAGAGGGCAUUCUACUAUAGUGCAAAAGUUGCUUAGGAAUGGAGCAAAAGUUAAUGUUGGUGACAAGUAUGGUACUACUGCUCUUAUUUGGGCCAGCAGGAAGGGAAAUACAGAAAUAGUGGAUGCCCUUUUGAAGGCAGGAGCAAAUGUUGACACAGCAGGAAUGUAUUCAUGGACGCCACUGCUUGUUGCUACAUUAGGAAAUCAUGUCGAAGUUGUCAAUCGUUUGUUGGAACAUAAACCCAAUGUGAAUGCAUUAGACAAGGAUGGAUGUACAGCUCUGACACUAGCCUGUAAGGAGGGCUUCCAUGAAAUAGCUGUUGCAUUACUUAAUGCUGGUGCAUACAUUAACAUUCAGGAUCGAGCUGGAGACACAAACUUAAUUCAUGCUGUUAAAGGAGGCCACAGAGGGGUUGUUGAAGCUCUUCUGAAAAAGUAUGCAGAUGUAGACAUUAGUGGAAAGGACAGGAAAACAGCAUUAUACUGGGCUGUUGAGAAAGGCAAUGUAGCAAUGGUGAAACUUUUACUGACAGCUAAUCCUGAUUUGGAAACUUCAACAAAGGAUGGUGAUACAGCAUUGCUGAGGGCAGUUCGAAUAAGAAAUGCAGAAAUUACACAGUUACUAUUGGACAAGAAAGCAAAAGUUUCUGCUGCUGAUAAAAAAGGAGACACCGCACUUCAUAUUGCUAUGCGUGCACGUUCAAAGGGCAUAGUGGAAAUUCUGCUGCGUAAUCCAAAGAACAGCCAACUCCUAUACUGCCCAAAUAAAGCAGGUGAAACACCAUACAAUAUUGAUAUGAAUCAUCAAAAAACAAUCCUAGGACAGAUAUUUGGGGCUCGCCGCUUGAACACUAAUGAGGACAAUGAAAACAUGCUAGGCUAUGACUUAUAUAGCAGUGCCCUGGCUGAUAUACUGAGUGAACCUUCACUUUCAAUGCCAAUAACUGUUGGUCUUUAUGCUAAAUGGGGAAGUGGAAAAUCCUUCCUCCUCAACAAGCUCAGAGAGGAAAUGAAGAAUUUUGCCCGGCAGUGGAUUGAUCCUGUAUUCCAGUUUUCCUCUUUAUUGUUGGCUGUUGUUGUGCACAUUUUGCUAAUGACUGGUGUUGUGGUUGGGUUGGUUUCUGGCCAAUGGGUGGCUGGUGUCAGUACAGCUGCAGCUCUUCUCAUCCUAAUUUACACAUUCCUUGUUGUUAUAUGGUAUGGGAGCCAGAGAUAUGACUGGUACUGGCCAUACAACUUUAAUGUGUCACUGACACGGAAGCUCAAUACUUUGAAAUUAAUUUUGCAAGUCAUGUUUUGUCAUCCUCCUGGUUCACACUGGAAUGAUGGAAUAACUGCACAACCUAUUAGAUUCUAUUUCACAGAUCAGACCAGAGUUAGCAGUACAACUGGAGGUGAGAAUUCUGUGGUGCAAAUGCUUGGUUCUUUGUAUGACUCAAUAGAGAGGGAUUAUGGGGCAUUUGCAACUCGUUUGUAUAGGGCUUUCCGACCUAAAGCAGUGAAGUCAACCUCUGCAUGGCGUUGGCGGAAAUUGUGCUGUUUGCCUUAUGUGGUUAUAUUUGAAUUUGCAUUCCUUACUGUAUUGGGAGAAGUCUCCAUGCUGGCAUUGUAUCUUGUUGAUGUUCUAGAUAAUGGGAAAAAGGACACUUUUGAAGGCACCAUGGUAGUUGCACUAAUGAUAGCUUUGGGUGUUCUGCUCGCUUCUAUAGUAGUGGCGAAUUUAUAUACCUGGAGUCAGAUGCUGCAGGCACUUCUAUUUUCCCAGCGAAGGCACCUGCAGAGGACAAUAGCUCGCCUUGAUACUUUGAAAUCUGAGGGAUUCCUUCAGGCUCUUCGUUCUGAAGUCAACCUCAUGACUGAAAUGGUCAAAUGCUUAGACAGCUUUACUAGUCAACAAACACGACUUGUUAUUAUAGUUGAUGGACUUGACAGCUGUGAACAAGACAAAGUGCUACUUGUCUUAGAUGCAGUGCAUAUGUUGUUCUCAGACUCCAUGUCUCCAUUCAUUGUUAUCCUUGCCAUUGAUCCUCACGUCAUUGCAAAGGCUGUGGAAGUCAAUAGUCGGCGCCUGUUCAGCGAAUCAAACAUUGGUGGCCAUGACUAUCUACGCAACAUGGUUCAUUUGCCAUUUUAUCUUCAGAAUUCAGGGCUACGCAAAGUAAAGGUUGCUCAGGCCACAGCAGUGCACCACCACAAGAGUAAUGCUACGUGGACUGAAAAUGAGGAAAAUGUUGCUUUGGCAGCCACAACAAGCGCAGUUUCAUCAGUUUCUGGUCGACGUCUGUCAUCUGAGUCUGGGUUUAGCAGCACAGAUAAACUGAAACGAAAGGGAUCUCGAAAACUGAAGCUGAGUGAAAGUGUUGCAAGCAGCCUGGGCAGUAAUUUAAAUCGUGUUGGUGGAGCACAUGACUUAACAAAAAUGCUGUUGACAGAUGAUUAUUUCAGUGAUGUAAAUCCUCGUAGUAUGCGGCGCCUCUUGAAUGUUGUUUACAUUACAGGUCGUUUGCUAAAGGCUUUUCAGAUAGACUUCAACUGGUAUCACCUUGCAAGCUGGGUAAACAUAACUGAGCAGUGGCCGUUCCGAACAUCAUGGAUUAUAUUGUAUUACGAUACUUACGAGGAAUCACUUGAUGAUAAUACAUCUCUGAAGUCACUGUAUGACAAAGUUCGCCCUCAAAUUCCAAUUUCAAAAGAUGUAGAACCAUUAUUGGAACUGGACAGAGAUGAGAAGAAAUUUGAUAUAUUCCUGACUUACCAUCGAAAUACUUUGCUAGUUAGCGACAUGAAAGUAUUUUUGCCAUUCACAAUCAAUUUGGAUCCCUACAUAAAGAAAGUAAUUAAAGAAGAUCAACAGAACAUGGAUGACACUGGAUUACAGUUUGGAUCAUCAUUUGCUGCAAAAUCUCCACCCCCACAAAUACCAGUUGCACAGCAGCACUCAAUGUGGUCAUCACCACAGUGGGCAACUGCCAACAAAACAUCCUUACUUAGAAGACAGAGACCUAUUGGACGAAGUGCUUCUGUGCAAUCAAAUUAUGCACCUGCACCAGUUGUUAGCUGGCCACAGGGGUGGAUGACGUUGCAGGAACCUAUGCCUCAUCCUCCAUUGAUACAGCAACCAUCAGUCUGUCCACCAUUGACCAUAGGUCGAAGUUUUCCUGAAGAAGUUCUGGAAAACAAACUUUCGGGUUUAACUGUUGAUGGGGUUUGCAGUCUUUUAGCUAAAAUUGAAGAUCUCAGUACUCCUUCCGUUUCAAAAUAUGCUAAUGUAAUUCGUGAUAACAAUAUAAAUGGUAGAGUUCUACUGCAUUGUGAUCUGGAGGAGCUUAAAAAGGUUCUCCAAAUGUCAUUUGGUGAUUGGGAGUUGUUUAGAAUGCUCAUUGUUUCACUAAGGGAAACUGAAUUUUAUGGGCCAAAUCAACAAGAGGAACUAACUUCAAAGAAUGUCAGGUUUUCUGUACCAACCAGACAGUUCAUGCCACCUUCACAGGAGAGGAAAGGUCUUAGCUCAAAGCAGGCAGGUUCACUCGAAAAAGAAAAAUCUUCUUCACGAAGCGAGAGCCGCACAGCAAGCAAACAGACUGUGAUGGAGAAACAGGUGACACUCGAGGAGCAAAUGAUCUGUGGUGCACUGCAGACCUUAAAUGAGGAAGCAUGUGAAGAUGUUUUGGAUGAAACAGAAGCUCCACAAGAACCAGCUCUGAACAGUACAGUACUGGGCGAUGUGGCAGUAGUUCCAGCAUUUCUUCAGGAAGCAAGCAGUCACACCAACAGCUCUUGUGGAAGUACAGCUGAUUUACAAGGAGCAGGAACAAGCAUAUUGGAAAUUCAACACCAGAAGUCAAACUACAUGCAAGCUUGCCAACAGCGCCCUUCAUCACUGCCAGUGACAUCUGAGAGCCGGAUACUUCCAACAUCUCCAAGCCAUUAUGUAGCCAUCAGAUCUCAUUCUGCAGAGGAUAGGGUUCCACAGCCUUCUUCAACAGGAGGUCCUUCCUUACUUCAGGGCUUAGCAUCAUCGUUAGUGACACCAGCAUCAAGUCUUGAGAAACUCAACCGUCUCAAAGAUCGAUUGUUGCGCUCUGUAUCAGGACCACCAUCUACAGCAUCUGUUUGUGGGGGCUCAUCAGUAAUAUCUCCAGCACCUUCAAUACGAAAUGGAAGUGGUGGGAGUGAUGAUGAAAGUACUCCAUUAGUAUCUGAAUCAUCAACACCAGGUGCAAGAACAUCAAGAGUAGGUGUCACUACCUUCUUUAAUGGAGGAUUUGGUGGUGCUGAUGAUUCCGGUGGAAGCAGUCCAUCUUCACCACCAUCUCCAGAAGACAGGGAAGAUAGCCGAAGUCCUAGUCUGAGCCCCAGUUUUGUCUCUCCUCAGUUUGUUGGAGCUACAAGGGUAAUGUCAGAUAAUACCAAUUUAGAUGCACUGGGAAAUGUGUCUGAACACCUUCCAUCUUCUCGUGGGUCAUCUGCCUCACUUAGCCGAGCAGCUCCAGAUUCAGGAAGCAAUUAUUGUCACUUAGUCACUGUGAGCAGAGGAGGGGCUUCAGAAGCAGAUCUGCGGCAUUGUGGUAAGUCUUCUACAACAGGAGCAACUAUUCAACUACCCAGACAAGAUGCACUUGAUACUAUUGACCCAUGGAAUAACCCUGAGACAACUGUAUGACCACGGUGGAUUUCUGAUGGCAGCAAUAACUGUGCGUGACAUAAACCAAUACUGGAGGUAGAGAUGACAUCGUUUGAGUAAAAAUGCGUACAGUGCCAUCAGAUGCCAUCAGAUGAAGCACAGUCCAGCCAACUAGCAGGAGUUUAAUGUACAUAAUGAAUUUAUUUAUUUUGUCUCAUUGUAACUGCUGUUCAUUUGUUUAAAGUAUUAUGACUAUAUGCUUUUGCAGUUCUGAUGACACUCAUUUUCUGUUAUUAAUGGUUCCAGAUAUGUGAAUCAUAAGUUGCAUGAUGAGAAAUAGUCACUUCUCCUUGCUUUAAAAAGUUCUGCAGUGGUUUUACACAGCCCAUUUAUAAAUAAAUUUUAUGUUUUCAUCAUAGUUUCAUUUAAACUAUUCCUUGCCGUAAGAGUGCAUUUAUUACUAUUGAAUUUAGUUAUUAGAUAUACGAAUCUCAACCAUUCCAACUAUAUGUUCAGUGACUUAGUUUAUUGCAUUUAAAUACAGAAUGCUUUUAAUGUACAUGAAAUGUUUGCGUGUAUAAAUGACAGUGCAUUUCUCAUAAAUUCAUUACUUAUUUUUGUUUUAUACCAGUUUCUGUUUGCAUCCAAGUCUGUAAGUUGACAUGCAGUUAAUGCUAGUACUGAGUAAGAUGUGUUUAAAGAACUUGCAUGCGUGAAAUUUAAAUGCUGUCAUCUGAUUUAAGCUAACAUUUUCCUUUUCUUUAUAUUAAGAGAAUUACUUAGUACAUUGUACAACAACAGUUAUAUGUGGCAGCUACAUAAUAAAGAUGAUUCAGUAGAAAAAUA